AUGCUGUCCACUUUGUCUGCUAUUCGUUCGCUCUCCCUAAGAAAGACCGUUGUUAUCAGUAAGCUACCGAGUUUCUCCACCAUCAGGCACCAAAGUACCACUACGACGACCAAAAAUGAAUCUGCAGGAGCAGAGCCAGAUCUUCUAAUACACGAGGCACUUAUUCAUCAUCAAAAACCAGACAUUGCAGGUUCAUCGCUUGCUGCUGAUGAUGUUCGUCUACCGUUAUUAGAGGAAGGUAUCAGGAAGUCCGACGAAUUAACCUCCAAUUUUACAGACUACAUGUUUCGUUUCAAUCGAUUACCACCAAAUUUUGCUUCUAAUCAAUUCAUGAGUCUGGACCAAGAAUUACAAAGGGAACUGACGCAAAUAAUGGACAACUUUGACGCGCCAAUAAGAUAUGCUUUUGGUUAUGGAUCAGGUGUGUUUGAGCAGAAGGGCUACGAAACAGGGGACUCUUCUCCACUGCCUCAGAUUGAUAUGAUCUUUGGUGUCACUUACCCAGAACAUUUUCAUUCUUUAAAUAUGAGACAGAAUCCUCAUCAUUAUUCCACUUUGAAAUAUUUUGGAUCCAAGUUUGUUUCCAAAUUUCAAGAGAUUGGUGCUGGAAUUUAUUUUAACCCAUUUGUGGAGAUCAAUGGGCAUGAGGUGAAAUACGGUGUUGUAUCAAUGAAGAGGUUAUUGAAGGAUUUAGCCACCUGGGAUAGUUUCUACCUGGCAGGUAGAUUGCAAAAACCAGUAAAGAUAUUGAAGAAUGAUUUGAGAGUACAAUAUUGGAAUCAACUGAAUUUGAAAGCAGCGGCUACUUUGGCCAAACAUUUAACUUUGAAGAGAAAUAAGGGGAAAUUUGAUGAAUUUCAAUUUUAUAAAGAAAUUACUGGGUUAAGUUACUUGGGUGACAUCAGGUACACAUUGGGCGGCGAGAACCCUAAUAAAGUUCAUAAUAUAGUAGAAAAGAAUUUUGAAAGAUUCCAAUUAUAUUAUAAGCCCAUCUAUAAGGAUGUGAUUAUCAACAAUUCCACGUAUUUACCGAAGGGUUAUACCGUAGACAAUGCAACAAGAAUAUUACGGGGAAGAAUCAGUAAGUCGAGUGUAUUGCAAACACUGAAGGGCGUACUUACUGCAGGUGUUUCCAAGUCUGUAAGAUAUGCUUGGGCAAAGAAGAUGAAAUCAUUCAAAAAAUAA